ACCGCCCCGAGGUAAGGAGUGGCGAGCGUCAGUCUUGCUUUGUGCUGGGCGCGGCAAGAACGUCAACCUUUCCUUCACGACCACUGACGUUACCACCUCUGCUUACUUUGCACUGACCAUGGUGGCAGCAGCAGAAGCAGCCUUGGCUUUGCACUUAAGAUUGGGCUUCCUCCUCCUUGCGGUCAGCACUUUAGCCGCCAGCAAGGGGCAGCUGAAGGUGCUGAGCGAGGUGCUGUCUGGCCCCGUCCGCGGGAGGCCGCUGGCGCUGCACCUGGACGCCUCCCUUUCGGCAGACGAACGACGGGCGGUCGUGGGCGUGGAGGCGGUGCGCCGCACGCCGCACCUCACCCUUACCCAUGACUUUAACUGCAGCCGGCGGCCGGCGGCGCCCACUGGGGACUUCUUCACCUCCUCCACGGUACUGCACGUGGUGCUGUGGCUCACGCCACGGCCCGAGCUGCUGCAGGAGCUGUGGCUAAACUGGAAGCCUCACAACUUGCUGCUCUUCAGCCUGGGUCCGUCUCCCGGCACCGACCUGCUGCGGCACGAGGCGCUCAGCGGCGUGGAGAAUGUGGCGCUCAUCGGGCACCUCACGGCCCAGGCGGACCCACGCCCCGACGCCCUCGGGGUGUACACUGUACUGCCCUUCUCUCCCGGCGGCGUGCGGCUCCUCGGCCCGUGGCGGCGCGAGGCCUUCGCUAGCUGGGAGGCGCUCUUCCCGGACCGGUUCCCGUCCUUCGAGGGAUACACUUUUCACAUUGCUUCUUGGAUGAAAGACACACCAUUUUUAUACCAAAAUGAACUGAAUCCUCAAAAUGGAGAAGGAGUGUUUGCAGAGUUACUGAAAGUCCUGUCGGUGAAACUGAACUUUACCUAUACAGCAACGACUGUUUCCACGGACUGCAAUUGGGGCGCCCUGUCUAACGGCUCUUGGAACGGUCUUAUGGGAAUGGUGGAAAGGGGAGAGAAAAAUUUUACAAUAAACCAACUUUUCCUCACCUACGAACGUGGCAGAGACUUUGACUUUUCCUCCUCCCUGCAAGUGAUCGGGUUCGGUGCUUCCCUACGUCGUCCGGCACCACUGCCAUUCUGGACGAGCCUGUGGCGGCCGCUGCAGCCAGCCGUGUGGGCCGCUGUGUUAGCAUGCCUCGUGACCGUCAUACUGCUCGCCAAAAUAAAGGUAGGGACCUUCAGGUGAUGUCAACUAACCUCGGGUAUUGGAAAUGCUUUUCCAAAUUUUAUUUCUAGUCAUCUUUGCAGGAGGGUGAGCAUGGCUGCCGUGGGCACGGGGAAACAACGUGCGGGGUGGCAGAGUUGUGGCUGGAGUUGUACCGCGCCUUGGUGUGCCAGAGUGCCCCCACCCUGCCGAGGGCACUGUGGCAGCGGGUGUUCUUGGCCGUGUGGUUGUUCUGUUGCUUGGUCAUCACCGCCGUUUACACCGGCAGCCUGGUGGCCACCUUUACCAAUCCUGCCUUCCAUCGGCGCCUCGGCUCACUGGACCAGUUCGUCGACAGCAGUUUCAGGUGACUCUUCCGCAUUGGUGUACACAGUGGUGCAUGGUUCUCAAGCAGAGUCUAUCCUUCAUAGUUCACCGACGUUGUUUAAAGGCCACUUUCAACUUUCAACGAAAAAAUAUUUUCAACCAAUGUUGCUCUCUCUCAUCUCAUCUCAGCUCAUCUCCAAGAUUAAACCUCCUGCACCCCUAGACUGGCUGUUCCCGACUCGAACAACGUGAUUUCGGUGACACUGAAGACGAGCAAACAUCCGCUGUACGUCAGCCUCAGGCAGAAGAUGGACCUUAUGCCCUCAUGUCCGGAGCGGUGCCUGGAAGCGGCCGUGGGCGGUUCUCACGCCUUCGUGGACAGCAUCCCAACCAGUAUAAUUCUGAUGGGGAGAGCGCUGGGGGUAAGUGGAGACUGGCUCAGUGCUUGUAAUUUUGAGAAUUCAUUAUCUUAAAUAUUAUGUUCAACAACAUUAACAACGAUGAAGGGA